AUGAAUCAGCCAAAUCACCAACAUACUGAGAUAUACUCUAAAGGAAUUGGGUUGCUCACUGACAGGCUGGUAGACUCAAACCCACUGCAAUCUCAUUUGCAGAAGAACCCCAGUUUGGUGGAAUCCAGCUCCUCAGGACAGGAAAUCCAAAGCACAAAUGGAAUCACACAUCUUAAGGAAACAGUCCCUACAAAUCUUGGGAAAGAGAUAGAUAUUGCAGUUGAACUGGGGCAAAAGGAAAUCAACAUUGGAGGUCCCCUCUCACUGAUGACAACCGUUAUCACAGAUUUCCCAAUGGAUUCUCAACAAACUAAGCUGAGGACCUGGAGAAGAACUGGCACCAAAGAGGGCAUGCUUCUAAAAAACCACAGUGAGAACAUGAUCAAAUGA